AUGUCCAGAAAUAUAGUUUUUGAAGGGUGGUUAACAAAGUCUCCACCAAACAGGCGUAUUUGGCGAACGGUGAGCUCAACUUUAGCUUGGCAUUUUGCUUUUGUUGACAGAAGAUGGCGCAGACGCUGGUUUGCCUUGCGGCAGUCUGGCGAGCUCCCUGGCCAGUAUUUUUUAGAUUACUAUGCGGAUCGGAACUGCCGUCGUCUCAAGGGCACAAUCGAUCUGGACCUUUGUGAACAAGUUGAUGCUGGUCUUCAUAUGGAACGGCACGGACAGGCUCCGUUCAACCCUAGUAUCCGAGGAUCUGUCUUCACAAUUCAAACUCAGCGAAGAACAUACCACUUAGAGGCUGAUUGUGAAGCAGAAAUGGAGAAGUGGGUGGAUGCCAUUUGCCGAGUCUGUGGUCUUCGUGCCACACUUGAUGUUCCCGCUGGUGGUUCCAGACAUAGUAAUGUCAUUGAUCCUAGCAGCGGUCACGCGACAAUAAAUAUGAGUGACAAUAGUGAGUGCCCCGACGGUACGGGCCCAUACAUCCCCAUCUCCGAGUGCAUCACAGGCGUUCGUGCUCAAGAUGAGCAAAGACACUUUACAUUUGAGGAGCGGAACAUAAUCAAUACCCGAGGCCACCAGUACACCAGCCAUCCUCAAAUAAGGGUGAAUUCGGAACUGUCUGAGAAUGAUAGCAAUUUGAGCGAAGACGAAGACGGCUCUUUACACGCCAGUCAUCAGAAUUUACCAGACUGGUCAGUGACGAAAACUUUCACAAAAUUGACAAUAUCACCAAAAAAGAAUGGUCCUGAAGAAGGACCACCCGUCCCACCACGACCACCUAAGACCUUUGCUGGCAGAAACAGGGAUACUCUAACCAAGGACCCUUUCCAGGGUCCCAAAAUCCAGGAACCCACCGAGGUAGUGCUGGAACCUCUGCAGCACAGCCACCAGCGGCUAAGAGUACCCCGUCGCAUGUCACAGGGCGCUCCAUCUUCUCCGCGUUCAUUGCUAAACGCUCGCUGUCCCGAAGAGGAGGAAGAAUUUCCUCCCCCGCAGGCUUCUUUACAGUACUGUAAUCUGCCCACGCUACCGCCGGCAGUAGACAGAGCCCUGAAACCGCGUCACUCUACACACAGCAUAGGACACGGCAAUACCUUCAUGACACAGGAAGAUGGACUUCAUAACGAAGUACAUCGUUACGAAACUGUUAAACCGUACAGGCCCUCUAUUCGUCGCACUGGGUUUCUAAGUGCUCUAAGAAAGAUUUUUGUGGCUGUAGUCCAAUUUUGUAGCUUUCGGUCAAAAGCUUCAAAACUGAGUCGUCUAAGGAAACAACUGGCUAGAGCGGAGAAUGCCACAUUAGCCUGUAAUAUGCUACCAUCCAGGGCAAAGACAUUAGAAGACAAGAGACAGCCAUUAAAACGCGGAGUCAUAUUAGGCAUACCGUCAAAUAGAGUGAACACGCUAGAGAUACCAUCAGACAAUUUGCUAGAAAUUAAAAUUCCCACUCACAGAGUUGGGAUAAUAACAAUACCACCAAAUUUACUCCCAAAUAUUGUGAUCAUGCCCCAGGACACGGGUACGUUGAGAAUCGGUAAUGUAGACGACAUCAAGCAAGACGCCUUGCAAUACUUAGACCUGGACCUGCACCCCGCGAAACCGGCAGAAACAAAGGAGAAAACGGAACUGCGCAGGAAGACCGAGAUAGUUCACGGACAAUUGUCAAUGUCAUCCGUGGACAGGGAAGCGUAUAAGACUGUGGACUUUUUGAAGACUGAAGCAUUCAACAUCACCCGCCAGGACGCCGAGGCAUCGAGGAGCUUCCAAUACUAG